UGCGGGGGACAAUAUAUAUACCGUCUGCAGAUCAUUCGCGAUAAGUCAAUUUUAUAAAAGGCUUCGGUUCAAGCGAAAUUCACACCAGAAGAUCUGCCAAGAUGUUCAAAUCCAGUGCUCUAGUCGUUUGCCUCUGUCUGGCCGUGGCCAGCGCCAAUCCCGUUCUGAAGAGUGGCCGUAUUGCCGGAGGAAUCGAUGCCGAAGAAGGACAGUUCCCCUACCAGGUUUCGCUGCGUACCGCUUCGAAUAACGCUCACUUCUGCGGUGGCUCCGUUUUGAACAACCGUUGGAUUAUCACUGCUGCAUCAUGCGCCCAGGGUAAGGAACCGGCAGGUAUCUCCGUUAUGGCAGGAAGCAAGAGUCUGACCCGUGGUGGAUCGAUCCAUCCGGUGGACCGCAUCAUCGUGCACCCGAACUUCGAUGUCACCACCUUGGCCAACGAUGUUGCCGUUAUGCGAGUGCGUGUUCCAUUCAUGUUGAGCCCUGACAUCAUGGCCGUGCAGAUGUCCUCUGAAUAUGUAUCGAUCGCUUAUGGUGCUCUGGUGUCCGGAUGGGGACGUCGUGCGAUGGAUAGCCCAACCUUCCCGGAUUGGCUGCAGUACGUUCCGGUGACCAUCAUUACCAACACUGAGUGCCGCGUGCGUUUCGAGUCACCGUACGAUCAGCGUAUCACCGAUAACACGAUCUGCUCGUCGGCUCCGGUGGGCCGUGGUGCCUGUUUGGGAGAUGCUGGUGGCCCACUGUUGCACGGAGGCGAGCUGCAGGGUGUCGUUUCCUGGGGUAUUCCUUGCGGAUUGGGCUACCCGGAUGUGUACGCCCGUGUUUCCGUCCACAGGCCAUGGGUUCUGGUGCACACUAUGGUGUAAGUUCCUUUCUUUAAGACGAGUCAUCUGGUGGAGAAUAAAGUUCGUGAGUUUAGUGAAAAAACAA